CGGCCUCUUUCCGCUCCGAGCGCCGACCGGUGAAGACAUAGUCGAGGAGACACGAUGGCAGACUGGGAGGGCGUUCCCGUAGGGGCCGAGACCCCCGAGAUCAAACUGUUCGGGAAAUGGAGUACAGACGAUGUUCAGAUUAAUGACAUCUCCCUGCAGGAUUACAUUGCUGUAAAGGAGAAGUAUGCCAAGUACCUGCCCCACAGCGGAGGCCGUUAUGCUGCCAAGCGCUUCCGCAAGGCUCAGUGCCCUAUUGUCGAGCGUCUCACAAACUCACUCAUGAUGCACGGGAGGAACAACGGCAAGAAGCUCAUGACCGUCAGAAUAGUGAAGCACGCCUUCGAGAUCAUCCACCUGCUGACUGGGGAGAACCCCCUGCAAGUUCUGGUGAAUGCCAUCAUCAACAGCGGACCUCGUGAGGAUUCCACUCGUAUUGGAAGAGCUGGAACCGUGAGGAGACAGGCUGUGGACGUGUCGCCGCUGAGAAGAGUUAACCAGGCUAUCUGGCUCCUGUGCACCGGCGCUCGUGAAGCUGCUUUCAGGAACAUUAAGACCAUUGCAGAGUGCGUGGCUGAUGAGCUCAUCAAUGCCGCUAAGGGCUCCUCCAACUCAUACGCUAUCAAGAAAAAGGACGAAUUGGAGAGAGUAGCCAAAUCCAACCGUUAAGCGCGUCGACAUCCUAACGGGGGCAUCCGGUGUCUCGUACAAUAAAGAAAUCUGUUAUGUA